AUGUUCCGUCUUAGCAUUAGGGAAGCCUUGUCGGCUGUGGAUAUUGUUUUGGCGACAGCGGCUGCUGGCGCGAUCUAUCUCGCUUCUGUUUGCAUCUAUCGCUUAACGCUUCAUCCGUACGCUAAAUAUCCUGGGCCAUUCUUGGGAAAAUUGACUUCUUUGUACGGCGCCUACCAUGCCUACUUCGGCAACAUCCAUCUUGACGUUGAGAGAUGCCACCAAAAAUAUGGAAAAUUUGUUCGAUAUAGCCCCAAUGGACUACUUGUCAACUCUCCCAAUGGGUAUCAGGACAUCUACGGCCAGCUGAAGAAGGUUCGCAAGGCCAAUUCCUACCAGGUCCAUGGGGAGGGUAACUUGAUCGGCAUGCAAGAUAAGAAGGCCCACUCCAAGAAGAAGAAGAUCUUCCAGCAAGGCUUUUCCGACGUGGCCCUCCGAAAACACGAGAGCAAGGUUCUCGAAGAAAUCGGUGCAUUUUGUGAAAAGCUGCUAGAAAAUGAGUCCACCGGCGUACAACCUGAUGGCUGGACGGAACCCAAGAAUAUGAGCCUGUGGUGCAACUACCUCACCACGGAUGUCAUCUGCAAGGUCGUCUUUACCACUUCUUGGGACUUGGUUGGGUCCACCGCAAACCGAACCGUGACCAAGACCAUGUCCACGGUCGUCCAUCUCCUUGGCGUCAUGCAUCAAACGCCUCUCCUUCAGUUCCAUUCUCUUGUGGCCCUUCUUCUCCCGCAUCUCGCCUGGUGUGUCGGUAGUCUGAAGAAGUACACAAGGACCGUGAUUAAGUCUAGCCUCAAGGUCAGAGACGAGGAUCCAUCGACCGAUGAUGUAUUUAAGCUAUAUGUCGAAGCCAAGGAUCCCGAUACUGGAAACGUGGCUUUGGGCAAGUUCGAUGUGAUGAUUAACUCGGCAAACCUUCUCAUCGCUGGAUCCGAUACGACGGCCAGUUCCAUGGCGGCCACUUUCUUUUACCUCUCCCGUAACCCUGACGCCUACGCCAAGGUUACCCGUGAAAUCUGCUCCACCUUCUCUUCGCCAGACGAGAUCCGCCUCGGCCCCGAGCUCAACGGAUGCGUUUACCUCCGCGCUGCCAUAAAUGAGGCUAUGCGCAUGUGCCCCGUCGCACCGCAACCCCUCUGGCGACAGAGCGAGGAGCCCGCCGGCUGCGUCGUAGAUGGCGAGUACAUUCCUGCAGGCCUCAAUGUCGGAGCAACCAUCUUCUCACUGCACCACGACCCGUCGAUCUUUGAUGAUCCUUACACAUACGACAUCGAGCGAUGGAUCAACCACAGCACCGACAAUGACGACGAGAUCGAGAAGGAGAAAGAAGCGGCUCGCAUCAAGAUGCUUAUGGCGAGCUUUGCUCCCUUCUCGGCCGGGCCGCGGCAGUGUAUCGCCAAAAAUUUUGCGUUGAUGGAGUUGACGCUGACGCUUGCGAACGUAUUUUGGCGGAUGGACUUUAAGAAGUCGGAGGGUGCCGUGGGCAAAGUUGGUGAGGGUGCGAAGGGGAGAGGAUGGGGGAGGGAAAGGGAGGGAGAGCUGCAGUUUAAGGGGUAUUUCACAAGUCAUUUGGAGGGUCCUUUCAUUGAUUUCAAGAAAAGGGAGUUUUAA